CAGGAUUCUGGACUUUAUCCGAGUCUGCAAGGAGGGGAUGGUGGCUUUGGUUCUCCCGAAUCCUUGUUGCCUCCCGGAAGGCAGCCGACUGGUUUCUAAGGAGCGGUUUGCGCUCAAGGCCCUUUUUCAGCUGUCAAACAUGAUUCCAAAUAUCCCCGGACGGGAAUUGGCAGAUCUGGGAUCCGCUUGGGGCUGUUCCUGUGAUUCUCUUGUCUACUAAUUAAACGGAUUGGAGUAGUCCUUAAGGUCCUUCCAGCUCUGUAAAUUUGCGGGAUAUUUGGCCUCCGAGCCACCCUGUGAAGUAUGAAGUAUUCCCACAACCAGUCUGUGUGUAAGGACACUGGCUUACAAAGGUAGAGGGAUUUGGCCAAAUCCUCCCGCCUAAUCAUGUCUAGGGCAGCUCUAUCUCGUCUCUGCAAGGGUCUGAUUGGGCUUAAGUAUAAAAACAUGACCUCAGAUCCCGGCCCUCCCCCCAUACCCUGUGGAACAAGACCCAAGGAGCUGGCCCAUUUUGUGGUAAAAGGUCUCACAAGCAGGAUCCUGAGCAACGUGUUCGAGGGGGUAAAGGGAAAAAAAGCUUUCAGCUUUUUCUCUUCCCCUCCCAGGGCCAAACCUCUUCCACCAUUUUUCCUCCCCCCUCGGGGACUCUUAUAAUCUCCCUGCUGCUUGUCAGCCUCCUUUCCUCAGAUGCGAUUAAGGGGCCAGUUUCCAAAGGAGAUUACAGGGGCAAGAUCAGUCUCCCCUUCUGUGGGAGUCUGGCCAUAAAGGGUCUGGGGACAGAGCAGACACCAGCAUCGGGGAAGAUAAGUGGAGCAAGUGCGGCUGCUCACCCUGUUACAAUGGCCUUCCUGCCUAGAAGCAGCGAGGAGGAGGAGGAAGUUUCUUGGCCCAGCAACAGUCCAGGUUCUCCCUGGAAACCAGAGUCUCCAAAUCAGGUCAAGAACUUGUGGGAUGAGCAGGACGUUCAGGUUUCUUCUCAAAAGCCCCGGCCGCCCUCCAUCACCGUGGAAGCCACCGAUACAAAUGAGGUGGAAAGUGGGGAGCUCAGGUGGCCUCCUGAGGAUUUGCUCUUAUCCGACAGUGAAGAGGAAGAGGAAGCCUUUUUCCAGGACCAGGAUGAAGAGUCAGGCUGGGCUUGGUGCCCCCUAGAUCCCAGGUCGUCUCUAAGAACCCUCAAUCCUGGAUCUGACUGGGAGCAGGAGGAAGAGGAAGAAACCUGGGAGGAGAGUGAAACUUCCUGGAUUUCUGGAGCUGAAAAAGAAGCUGUUCAAGCGGCGCCGGCUGCUGAGACGGGAGCGGCGGCGGCGGCACCAGGUGGUCGGGGCGGUGGUGGACGAGGGGCUCAUCACUCGCCAUCAUCUCAAGAAGCGCGCGUCGAGUACCCGAGCCAACAUCACCCUGUCUGGGAAGAAGCGGAGGAAACUUUUGCAACAGAUCAGGCAUGCCCAGAAGGAGAAGGCUGCCAUGGAGGUGGAAGCUCCCCCGAAGCCAGGCAGGACCACUGAGGCGCAGCCCAGACGGCAGAAGAAAAGGAAAGCUGGAGUUAUCCAGGAUGUGGAGAUGGAAGACCUGGAAGCUGGCAGCUGAG